CGAUUUACUCUACUAGCAGCGCAACAGCAGCUGCAAUUUCUACAAAUUUUUGCCUUUAAUAAAAAAAUCAAAUCUCUAAAAAUGAAUCCAAAACCGAUGAAGUUAAAGAAAAGUGCAUCGAAUGAUUCAUUUUUGUCAACAAACCGCAAGACAAAGCAGCUCUCGGUGACCUUGGGCGAUGUGCUUAAAGAGGCAGAAGGAGCAUCCGCAGAAGCUAUCACCCAAAAGGAGUUGGCUUCCGUUCAAGAGGAGGCACAAGACCCCUACCAGAAAGGGGAUGCCGAGGAGCAGCUUAACAAGUUUUGGAUUGCCAUCAGUGGUUACCAGCUGGAUCGAGCCUUUUCGGUCUAUCGCUUCUUCAAUGACAUUGGCACGAUCAAGUCCAAGGGCUUCACCCAAACGAAUGUCAUGUAUCUGAAGUACCGCACCACUGUGGACUGUCAGAUUGCCUUGAGCUACGACGGUCAAAAGAUUGGCUAUGGCGGGGACAUACGCGUCAGUGUUAAGCCUGAAAAUCCCAUGGCCUUGCUGGCAUUUCUGGAUGCCAUAGAGAAGAUGGAUGCGGAUACUGUUGAUAGUGGACCACUGGCCGAUGCUGUGACGCCAAAGGACUUUAAGGCUUCCUGUGUUAUAGAAAUUGAGUCGCCAAGACAGAAGGAGGAGCAGGAGCAGGCUAUCAAGAAAACGGUAAAGCAGCAGCAAGUCCCCGAAAAGAAGGAGGAGCAACUGCAGGAGCAACCAGAGGAGGUAAAGGUUGAGCCUCCAGUAAAUGUGUAUCCGCCCAAGAAGGCUGGCUUAAUUCAAUGGCUGAAAGAAAAGAUAUCCUCCCUCUUUUUCCUCUAUUAAACUUGAAUAAUUUUUGUUGGCUUAA